CGUUCGCCAAUGGCUGCUUGCAAGUUGCAAUGGAUUCAAAAUCGUAAACCCUAAUGGUAGACGCGUCGCAGGCUUGGUCGCCCGGUUCGAUCGCCCAAGACGACGACGCGGCGAGCUCAGACUCACCAAUCACGCGCAGCAGCCUCAACCCGUGCACAAUUUCUACAGAUUAGGCAUAUAUAUAUAUAUAUAUAUAGAGAGAGAGAGAGAGAGAGAGAGAGAGAGAGAGAGAAAUCCCUUUCAAUUCAACCCGAAACCUUUUCCCCAACACCGACUGCCUUAUUUGUCCUCAUUUCCAGACGCAUACUCGAGCUUUUCUCUCUCUUAUCCAUUAUCGUGGGUUCGCGCGCAGACCGCAAAAUUUCUGCAACUCGGUAUUGCUUCUAAUCGUUCUCCAUAUCUUCUCUUUCGUUUCCCGACGAUUUACUCCAGCAGGUUGUACUUGAAAGAGAUUCAUAUAAUACUGUUUUUGGAAUUUCCAAUGUCAGAUGCUGAUAUGGAAGGAAUCAAACCUGAGGUCUGAGGAAUUGUUCACAUCUUGACUAAGAGAUAAAAGUGCCUGGAUUGGGCUUUGUUAAUGGUCUCUCCAAAACUUGAUCUGGUCUUUUAAAGCAAUUCGAGAAAGAUGAUAAUGAAGUCCUAUAUAUGGCUUCAAACUGCUGAUGGUUCAAUUCAACAAGUAGAACAAGAGGUUGCAAUGUUUUGUCCGAUGAUAUGUCAAGAAAUGCAUGCAGGAAUGGGAUCGUCAAAGAAUUACCCUAUAUCCCUUCCACCACGAGUCAAUCCCCCAAUUUUGAGCUUGAUUCUUGAUUACUGCCGAUUUCAUCAAGUACCUGGUCACUCUAACAAGGAAAGGAAAUAUUUCGAUGAGAAAUUCAUUAGAAUGGACACAAAAAGGCUUUGUGAGUUAACAUCUGCUGCUGACAGCCUCCAAUUGAAGCCCUUAGUUGACCUUACCAGCCGUGCACUAGCACGCAUGAUCGAAGGGAAAACUCCUGAGGAGAUACGUGAGAUAUUUCAUUUGCCUGAUGAUCUUACAGAGGAAGAGAAACUUGAGCCUCUUAAAAACAUAACUGAUGAUCCACGAAUUCGGCUCCUGAAUAGACUGUAUGCAAGAAAGAGAAAAGAGCUAAAGGAGAGAGACAGAUUGAAGAAUGCUGAACUUGAAGAGGAUCGCGUGGAUGACCGUUCCAUCGAUGAUCUAUUAUCAUUCAUUAAUGGAGAACCAAAGGAAGUCAAAACUUCUAAAAACAAAAAGAAGAGUCGGAGAAGAAAAGACCAACAGAAGAGUGUUUCUUCCUGCAAUGCUGUUUUGAGUGGUGGCUCUUCUUCAAACAAUACACUUGAAAUUCAUAAGAAGGAUUCUAAUGGACCUUGUGAUGUUCUCCCUGAUGAUACUGAAAUUCUAAAGCUGCAAGAUGGUGAAGAUGACUGUUUUGCACCUGAUGAUGACUUUGACGAGGAUGAUAUGGAUGAUGAGAUAGAUCCUGCAAUGAAAGAAAAAAUCGAUAGGGAGGUGGAGGAUUUUGCACGGAGACUGAAUUCACUCUGGCCUGAAAGAAUACAAGAGAUGUUUUCAGUAGGCCAAGAUCAGGGACCUCUUAAUCUCUCUUCCAGUGGCAAUGGUCCCUUGAAAAGAUAUGAUGGACAAUCCAUGGGCAAGAAUAAUCCUUGAUGUGUGGGGUGGGGGAGUUUCACAAGAGUGGCCGGUGGCUGGCUGGCUGGAACAAUUUUGACCGAGUUAACAGUGCCAUUUACAAGAGUUGUUCUUCAGUUGGUGUAUGUAAGCUAAGCUAAGCUAAGCUAGCAUUUCGUUAAUUGAUUUUGAUGUUUGUGUUGGAUUCUAUAAAAUGCAAUUUUGGUUGGUAGAAUUUGGCAUACUGCAGGGGAAAUAAAGACCCAAAGAAAGGAAAAAAGAAGGCGUGCUUUUUUUUUUAUGAGCUGAAUCUGGAAGGUCUUUCUAGUUGUGUGCAUUUUGAUAUCUCAGUAGUCCAUUCUCAUAAUGCUUCACUUGUUGGUGCAGCAGAUUUUGACCAUGUCUUGUAUGAGGGCGGGAGCGCUGCAAAUGUAACCCAAUUGAAUAGAAUAGAAUAGUUUUAAACCUUUUUAAGUUCAAAUAUUAUUAGCUGCUGCGCUUUUUUUUUCUUUUUUUCUUUUUUUUUUGGUCUGAAAUGUAUCUCCAGUCCCUCAGUUACAGAUUCGGCCACUCAAGUCAGCUUUAAUCACAUUCUUGGCCGAAACUCAAGAGAGUCUCACCGGACAGUGAAAAAGGUUCCUCAUGAAUUUUUAUUGAAACAAUAAAUAAUAAAACGAUUUUUAAUCUUA